AUGGCGACGCAGCCAGAAGUCGGUGUACCCGACUUCGUCCUGUUGGACAACUUGACCACCGAUACCUUUAUCCAAAAUUUGCAAUUGAGGUUUCAACACAACAAAAUCUACACGUACAUUGGCGAGGUGCUGGUCUCCGUGAACCCGUACAAGAACCUCGACAUCUACAGUAUGCAGCACAUGGCUCAGUACAGAGGCCGGGAGAUGUUCGAGGUCACACCACACGUCUAUGCUGUUGCUGACGCCUGCCAAAGGGUUCUUAGGCAACAGGGUAAAGACACAUGCGUGCUAAUAUCAGGAGAGUCAGGGUCAGGGAAGACGGAGGCAUCCAAGUUCAUAAUGAAGUAUAUAGCGGCUAACACAACACAAGUUCACAGGGAUUAUAUUGACAGGGUGAAAAAUGUGCUAAUCCAAUCAAAUUCUAUAUUGGAAACGUUUGGUAAUGCGAAGACGAAUCGUAACGGGAACUCGUCACGUUUCGGCAAGUACAUGGAUAUCCACUUCGACUACAAAGGUGACCCCGUGGGAGGACAUAUCAGCAACUACCUGCUGGAGAAGAGCAGAGUGGUGUCCUUACAACCAGGGGAGAGGAACUUCCAUGCGUUUUAUCAGCUAUUAAGCACAAACAACGCGACGACAAAGAAGUAUGGAUUGUCAUCCAGUGCAGUAUACCAGAUACUUGGCAAUGAGCGGGCCACGGCACAAGACUCGAAGCUGUUCAAUCAGACGAACUCUGCGUUCACUGCGCUCGGGUUCACAAACUCUGUGCUCGAUGAUAUAUGGAGUAUUGUGGCUGGAGUUAUUCUGUUGGGUGAGUUAACGUUCACAGAGUCCCAAGACGGCCAGCUAGUCAUCGGAGGUCCAGUGAAGCAGUGCACGAGUGCGCUGGGAGUGUCGGAGCAGGCACUGCGCUCGUCCAUGGCCGGGAGGGUGCUGUCUGCUGGAGGAGACCUCGUCAACAAGGAACAUUCCUUGAUGGAUGCCAACUAUACGAGGCUGGCGUUGGCAAAAGCUGCUUAUGAUAGACUGUUCACGUGGAUUGUGCAACAGAUAAACAAAGCGAUAGACGUCCCGAGCGGCACGUAUAAGAGUACUCUGAUAGGCGUACUCGAUAUCUACGGGUUUGAGAUAUUCGAGACCAAUAGCUUCGAGCAGUUCUGUAUCAACUACUGUAACGAGAAGCUGCAACAACUCUUUAUUGAGCUGGUGCUGAAGCAGGAGCAGGAGGAGUAUGCCCGCGAGGGUAUCCAGUGGACUCCGAUCCAGUACUUCAACAACCGCGUCAUUUGUGAACUAGUGGACGCGCCGCACCAGGGACUCAUCGCCAUCAUGGACGAGGCCUGCCUCAACCCCACCAAGAUAUCAGACAAACAGUUACUGGAAGCAAUGGACAGGAGACUGAACGGCCACAAACACUACACGUCGCGACAACUCGCGCCCACAGACAAGAAACUCAAGCAUGGCGUCGACUUCAGAAUUACUCACUACGCAGGCGACGUGACGUACGCUAUAACGGGCUUCAUGGACAAGAACAAAGACUCGCUGUGGCAGGACCUCAAGCGUCUCCUGCACUCCUCGCAGAACGCGUCCCUCGCCGACAUGUGGCCCGAGGGGGGCACCCAUAUACAGAAGACGUCAAAGCGUCCCCCGUCAGCGGCGACAUUGUUCCGCAACUCUAUGUCGGCGCUAGUGACCGGCCUACAGAGCAAGGAACCGUUCUACGUACGGUGUGUCAAACCCAACCCGUACCAGGCACCUACUAACUGGGACGAUCAACUGGUCCGUCACCAAGUAGCGUACCUAGGCUUGGUAGAGAACGUACGCGUCCGUCGUGCUGGGUUCGCUUCCCGACAGAGGUACGACCGGUUCCUGAAGCGAUACAAGAUGCUAUCUCAGUACACGUGGCCCAAUUUCCGCGGGAACUCGGACAAGGACGCUGUCAUGGUGCUACUGAGGGAUCUACAUGUUACUGACGUACAGUUUGGACAUACUAAACUGUUCAUUAGGAGCGCAAAAACCCUGCAUGGUUUGGAAGCAGCUCGCGCGGAGUUGAUCCCGUCCAUCGUCAUACUGCUGCAGAAACUGUGGCGGGGGACUCUAGCCAGGAUGCGGUACAAGAAGAUGAAGGCCGCGUAUACUAUAUACAACGCUUGGAAACGCUACCGCCUCCGCUGCUACAUCGCGGCGUUGCAGCAGGAACUGCAGCGCAACCGCAACGUGAUCCUUCGGUGGCCCCCCGCCCCGCGCCGCCUGCCCGCCGCGCUGCUGCAGGCCGCCUACCGCCGCUGGCGCGCGUACCUCACGCUCAAACCUGUCCCGCGGGACCAGUGGCCGCAACUCAAGAUGAAGAUUUGUGCCGCCUCAGCUCUGAAAGGUCGUCGCGCUCAAUGGGGACAAAAUAGACAGUGGUUGGGAGACUACCUUGCUGAUAAUAAGUACAAUCCUAAGUCUGCGACAUACCAGUCCCAGCUGUCAUCCCUCCAAAGGUCCCAGCAGGUGGGUCGCGCCAUGUUCUCGUGCCGAGUGCACAAGUUCAACAGAUACAACAAACUGGCCGAGCGAUGUCUGCUCGUCACUGACUCGCAUAUCUUUAAACUAGAUGCCAACACAUUCAAACCGUUGAAAAAACCUACUGCUAUUACUGAGGUCGGAGCUAUCCGUAUAAUGAGCACAGAUGUCCAGCUAGUAGUGAUCAGCAUUCCAUCAGCGAAAAACGACCUCGUCGUAGGACUAGUGGCCCCAGUGGUCAACCAAACUGGAGCGCCCGGGGACUUGGUCGGAGAACUACUGGGUGUCAUGGCUAAUAGAUAUAACAUGUUGACGGGACAAGAGCUAGUGGUGGAGGUGGAGAGUGGCGCGACGACGCGGUGUACGCUGGGCGGCAAGACGCGCGCGCUGCAGCUGCCCGCGCUGGCGGCGGCCGCGCAGCCCACGCAGCCCUUCACGCACGCGCACAACGUCAUCACGUACCACCCCGCCUCCGCGCGCGCCUAG